AUGUCGACGCUCAAGCGCAAGGCCGCAGCGGCGGCUGGUCGAGGCGACACCAAGAAGGCCAAGGCCGAUGGUAACAUUGCUUCAUUCUUCGGAGCUGCCCCUAAGCCCGCCGGUAGUGUUGCGGCUGCGCCGGCCGUCAAGUUCGACAAGGCCAAGUGGUUGGGAACCCUUACUGCAGAGCAAAAGGAGCUUCUCCAGCUCGAGAUUAAUACCCUCGACGACAGCUGGCUGGCCCACCUCAAGGAUGACAUCACCACCAAGGAGUUCCUGGAGCUGAAGCGCUUCCUGAACCGCGAGACAGCUGCUGGCCGGAAAUGGUUCCCGCCCAAGGAGGACGUCUACUCAUGGUCCCGCCACACCAAGUUCAACAACGUCAAGGUUGUCAUCGUCGGCCAAGACCCCUAUCACAACAACAACCAGGCCCAUGGACUGGCCUUCUCCGUGCGACCUCCCACUCCCGCACCCCCCUCUCUCAAGAACAUGUACAUUGCUCUCAAGAAGGACUAUCCGUCUUUCGAGCCACCGCCCAACAAGGGAGGACUCCUUACACCCUGGGCGGACCGCGGUGUGCUCAUGCUGAAUACCUGCCUCACUGUCCGGGCUCAUGAGGCCAAUUCGCAUGCCAACCGAGGCUGGGAACGUUUCACCCAAAAGGUCAUUGAUCUAGUUGUUCAGAAGAGGACGAGGGGUGUGGUGUUCAUGGCCUGGGGAACCCCGGCUGGCAAGCGAGUGCAGAAGGUCGACCGAGUGAAGCAUCUGGUGCUGCAGAGCGUGCAUCCUAGCCCUCUCAGCGCUUCUCGAGGAUUCUUUGACUGUGGUCACUUCAAGAAGGCCAACGAGUGGCUCGUAUCGCGAUACGGACCUGAUGGCGAGAUCGAUUGGGCAUUGGCACCAGGUGCUACGACCAAGGCCAAGGUCGAGGAGCCCGAAGCUGUCGAAGAGGAAGAGGAUGUGAAAGAGACCAAGAAGUCAGAGGCCAAGUCAGCAGAGAAGAAGGAUGAAGAUGAUAAGGAGAACGACGCCGAAUUUGCUGCAGAUGAGGAGGCUCUGGAGGAAGCCCUCGCGCUUGCCGAGGAGGAGGAAAAGCGCAAGAAGGAAGAGUAG